AAGGCUGAGACUUGCUCUAAUGAUGGACUCAAGCUAUUGAAUCCAGGUGUGGAGUAAUGGGAAACCCGAGUAUAAAGCACUGACAGGAGUUUAUUCAAUGAAGACAUGUGGCAGUCAAGGAUACAGUACCUGUUGACUUUCUGCUGUCUCUACACAAUGGUGACCAGCCUGAUAUCUGCUCCAUGUAUUCAAUACAUUGACUUAGAAGGAAAGGUGGGAAUGAACUGCAGCAACCGAUCUCUUGACUCCAUCCCUCUGUCCCUCCCGACAGAUACCGAGGUCCUCCUAUUGAGUUUCAACAACAUCACCUCUGUCUCCUUAAGCUCCUUUACAAACCUCACUAAGCUCCAUGACCUUGACCUCUCAAACAACCAAAUUAGACACUUGCACAGUGAUUACACCCUCUCAGUUCAGAAACUGGAUCUCUCGUCUAACGCCUUAACCACACUUCCUGAUUUCACGAAGUUGCCUCUCCUCAGGAAGUUGGUCCUCGAUGUCAACAAAAUAUCAGCUCUCCCGGAGGGAGCAUUUGCGCCCUUGAUCAACCUGGAAGACCUCAGCAUCAAAGGGAAUGUCAUCGUUUCCGUUCCUGAUCACAUCUUUGACCCACUGGAGAAGCUUCGAUAUCUCACCCUCUCUGCAAACAAAAUCGAGGAAUUCCCGAAGGACACACUGGGCAGGUUGGAAGAAUUGCACUUUUUUGACAUCUCAAACAACAAACUCAGAACAAUCCCUGAAGACUUCUUUGAAAACAACCUGCUUUUUUAUGUGUACCUAUACAAUAAUCCCUGGGACUGUGAGUGCAGUGCAGUGAGGUAUUUGAAGGGAUGGAUUGAUGAAAACGACGGGAAUAUAUACAAAAAUGAGGGGGAACCGGACUCAGAGACGGUGGUUUGUGCAACUCCCACCACUUGGCAGGGAACUCCAAUUAUUAAUAUCACUGCCCACCAGAUCUGUCCCAGUGUGACAACAGAAGUGAUGACUCUGAGAACCACUGUUGAUGAAACUCCAACAACAUUUGACACGCUUUUCCAUCAAACGUCUCCACACCAGGAGAUCUGUGCUCAAUACAUUGACCUAGAAGGAAAGCUGGCAAUGAACUGCAGCAACCGAUCUCUUGACUCCAUCCCUCUGUCCCUCCCGACAGAUACCGAGGUCCUCCUAUUGAGUUUCAACAACAUCACCUCUGUCUCCUUAAGCUCCUUUACAAACCUCACUAAGCUCCAUGACCUUGACCUCUCAAACAACCAAAUUAGACACUUGCACACUGAUUACACCCUCUCAGUUCAGAAACUGGAUCUCUCGUCUAACGCCUUAACCACACUUCCUGAUUUCACGAAGUUGCCUCUCCUCAGGAAGUUGGUCCUUGAUGUCAACAAAAUAUCAGCUCUCCCGGAGGGAGCAUUUGCGCCCUUGAACAACCUGGAAGACCUCAGCAUCAAAGGGAAUGUCAUCGUUUCCGUUCCUGAUCACAUCUUUGACCCACUGGAGAAGCUUCGAUAUCUCACCCUCUCUGCAAACAAAAUCGAGGAAUUCCCGAAGGACACACUGGGCAGGUUGGAAGGAUUGCACUUUUUUGACAUCUCAAACAACAAACUAAGAACAAUCCCUCAAGACUUCUUUGAAAACAACACGAUUUUUUAUGUGUACCUAUACAAUAAUCCCUGGGACUGUGAGUGCAGUGCAGUGAGGUAUUUGAAGGGAUGGAUUGAUGAAAACGAUGGGAAUAUAUACAAAAAUGAGGGGGAACCGGACUCAGAGACGGUGGUUUGUGCAACUCCCACCACUUGGCAGGGAACUCCAAUUAUUAAUAUCACUGCCCACCAGAUCUGUCCCAGUGUGACAACAGAAGUGAUGACUCUGAGAACCACUGUUGAUGAAACUCCAACCACAUUUGACACGCUUUUCCAUCAAACGUCUCCACACCAGGAGAUCUGUGCUCAAUACAUUGACCUAGAAGGAAAGCUGGCAAUGAACUGCAGCAACCGAUCUCUUGACUCCAUCCCUCUGUCCCUCCCGACAGAUACCGAGGUCCUCCUAUUGAGUUUCAACAACAUCACCUCUGUCUCCUUAAGCUCCUUUACAAACCUCACUAAGCUCCAUGACCUUGACCUCUCAAACAACCAAAUUAGACACUUGCACACUGAUUACACCCUCUCAGUUCAGAAACUGGAUCUCUCGUCUAACGCCUUAACCACACUUCCUGAUUUCACGAAGUUGCCUCUCCUCAGGAAGUUGGUCCUUGAUGUCAAUGAAAUAUCAGCUCUCCCGGAGGGAGCAUUUACACCCUUGAUCAACCUGGAAGACCUCAGCAUCAAAGGGAAUGUCAUCGUUUCCAUUCCUGACCACAUCUUUGACCCACUGGAGGAGCUUCGAUAUCUCACCCUCUCUGCAAACAAAAUCGAGGAAUUCCCGAAGGACACACUGGGCAGGUUGGAAGGAUUGCACUUUUUUGACAUCUCAAACAACAAACUAAGAACAAUCCCUCAAGACUUCUUUGAAAACAACACGAUUUUUUAUGUGUACCUGUACAAUAAUCCCUGGGACUGUGAGUGCAGUGCAGUGAGGUAUUUGAAGGGAUGGAUUGAUGAAAACGACGGGAAUAUAUACAAAAAUGAGGGGGAACCGGACUCAGAGACGGUGGUUUGUGCAACUCCCACCACUUGGCAGGGAACUCCAAUUAUUAAUAUCACUGCCCACCAGAUCUGUCCCAGUGUGACAACAGAAGUGAUGACUCUGAGAACCACUGUUGAUGAAACUCCAACAACAUUUGACACGCUUUUCCAUCAAACGUCUCCACACCAGGAGAUCUGUGCUCAAUACAUUGACCUAGAAGGAAAGCUGGCAAUGAACUGCAGCAACCGAUCUCUUGACUCCAUCCCUCUGUCCCUCCCGACAGAUACCGAGGUCCUCCUAUUGAGUUUCAACAACGUCACCUCUGUCUCCUUAAGCUCCUUUACAAACCUCACUAAGCUCCAUGACCUUGACCUCUCAAACAACCAAAUUAGACACUUGCACACUGAUUACACCCUCUCAGUUCAGAAACUGGAUCUCUCGUCUAACGCCUUAACCACACUUCCUGAUUUCACGAAGUUGCCUCUCCUCAGGAAGUUGGUCCUUGAUGUCAAUGAAAUAUCAGCUCUCCCGGAGGGAGCAUUUGCGCCCUUGAUCAACCUGGAAGACCUCAGCAUCAAAGGGAAUGUCAUCGUUUCCAUUCCUGACCACAUCUUUGACCCACUGGAGGAGCUUCGACAUCUCACCCUCUCUGCGAACAAAAUCAAGGAAUUCCCCAAGGAUGCUCUGAGUAGAAUGGUAAUUCUAGAGACUUUUGAUAUCUCAUCUAAUGUAUUAAGAACAAUCCCUCAAGGCCUUUUUGAAAACCAGAGUCUUCUUCAUGUCCUCCUUUAUGACAACCCCUGGGACUGUAAUUGCUCUAUCCAUUACAUGGUUGAAUGGAUUAAUAUCAACAGGGACAUGGUGUACAGCCAUGCUGGUGUCAAUGACAGCACUUCAGUGACCUGUAAAGCCCCCCCAGAUCUAUACGGUAGACCUCUGAUACACAUUGCCAUCGGGCAAAUUUGUGCAGUCACCACCUCUGUAACCUCUGCACCUGUGAGCACCCCAGCAGCACCCAGCGACCCCAGCGACCCCAGCACCACCAACACCUUCAUCAGGUCGGGAAGAAGAUCAGGGCUGCUGGAAUUUCUCCGACAGUUGGGACGGAACUGCCUGCUGCUCUUCACCCUGCUCUGCCUCUCACUUGGCCUGGUCCUCUUUGAGAUCUCCGCCCUCUCCUUCUACAUCCUCAGGUUCCACCGGAGACUCUACCGACCCCUGAGGCAGUUGUCCCGACGGAGCUGGUACAUCAGGCUGGUCCGCUACAGCCUGGUUCUGCCCUACUUACAGCAGAUCUAUCCUCCGCCAAGAGCUGCCUUCAGCCCAGAUGCCACAGAGGCCUCCCCACUAGAGGAAGAGGAGUGGACCAGUAAUGCGACCGAGGCUGCUGGAGAUGCAUUCACUAGCUUCCUCUAA